AGGGCGCAUGCGUUCUAUACUGUCAACUUUCCAGCGCGCGGAAUUGUACAGGGGAGGGAAUCGUUGUGAAUACUUUUUACACUUUAUUGUCUUGCCACCCGUUUAAACAUUAUUUUAAUCAUAUAACGUAAACUAAGGGCACCAUGUGGAACCAAGGGGGAUCAUACGGUGAAUCAAACAUGGGUGGUGGAUACACUCAGUCCCCGGGAGGAUUCGCAUCACCUGCUGCCUCCCAGGGAGGAGAGAAGAAAGGGAGACAACGUGCCCAACAGAUUGUCCCCUGCACAGUGUCCCAGCUCAUGUCUGCUGCCCAAGCGGAGGAUGUCUUCAAAGUGGGAGAGGUAGAGGUUGCCCAGGUUACAAUUGUGGGCAUCAUCAGAACCACUGACAAAUCCAUGACCAACAUCCAGUACAAAGUCGAUGACAUGACAGGGGCCCCUAUGGACGUGAAGCAGUGGGUAGAUACAGAGGAUCCCAGUGUGGACAGCACUGUCAUCCCCCCAGGCACUUACGUUAAGGUCUCUGGCAAUUUGCGCUCCUUCCAGAACCACAGGUCCGUGGUGGCGUUCAACGUCCGGCCCCUUCAGGACAUGAACGAGAUCACCUCCCACAUGCUGGAGGUGGUGCAGGCACACAUGUUGCUCAGCAAACCACAGACUAUUAUGAUGGGCGGAGGAGGGGGAAUGAACACUAGCAUGGUGCCCAUGUUACGGCCGGGAAUGGGUGGCAACAUGGGAGGUGGAUACUCGGGUGCUAACGACAUGUCCACUAACGGCCUGAGCCCAAGCCAAAACCAGGUGCUGAGCUUGAUAAGGAGCUGUCCAGACGCACAGGGUAUAAGCACACAGGACUUGAAGCAGAGUCUCAGCGGCUUGAGCUUGGUUGUCAUCAAGCAAGCAGUGGAGUUCCUCAGCAACGAAGGACACAUCUUCUCCACCAUCGACGAGGACCACUUCAAGUCUACGGACAAUGAUGACUAAAGCAUCUCUCCAUUCCCUGUUAGCACUAAGAACAUGAUCAUAGUCUUGGGAUCAUUCUCAACACACUGUGCGCUAUGAGCGGACGAUUGUGUAUAUAAGGAUAAUGCCCAAAACCCUCUUAGAAUUUUAAGCUCUCUGAAAUAGAACCUGUAGUCAUUAUUGGAACCAUGAUUCAUACUGAGUAACAUCAUGGGAUGUCUAUAUAAUCCUGAGUGUUUCUGUGAAAUUAGGCCUUCUUGGUUUGACUGACACAUCCUGUUUCAACUUCCAUUUCGUUAACUAUAUUACAGUAUGAGUGGGUGCAUCACAGGCUAAUGGUUUUUCUCACAGUGAAUGCAAUCUGUGACUGACCAGUUCCUGAAUCAUUGGUAUUGGUAGUUGUCAUUUAAAAAUGGUGAACAGAAUGCAAAACAAUGCCAUUCCUAUUCAGAUUUUUUUAUGUCUCUGUUUUGUUUUUUUCUCUAGUAAACAUAUUUUCAGAAAAAUGUUCUCCAGAUAUUUGUUCCCCAGAUAUUACUAUUACUUUAUAGUCAAUUGGGAAGUAUCUCUUACAAUGUGUAUCCUUAGAAUUCAGAAAUAUAAGAUCAUACAGUAUUGAUAACCAAAGCAAUGAUACAUAUGCACCAGUAAAGCUUUGUAUUGCGAAUGAAGAUCCCCACUGUUAUCACUCCGGCUUUUUGAUAUUGACCUCCAGUUUUAAAAUGAGGGGGGAAAUUUAGUUACAAAAUACACUGCUAAAUUAUGAAAUGUAACUGGACCUUAAACACCAAUGGGCUAUUAUAAGCAUUUGGGAUAAUCGGUUGGCAAGUGUUGCUUGUGAUUGCAGCAACAUAGAGAAAAUGAAAACCAAGUAACACAAUCUGGGUACAAUAAGACAUGUAUCCUGUUUUUGCAUAGUCCCAUCUCAAAGUAUUCACAUUUACAGUGGCUGGCUAUCAGACUGCAUAGUUCUGACAUUCAGUUGUCUUGCACCCCAUAGUAUAGUCUAUUUUAUGCAAUGAGACUUGGUUACUUGAAUAGUUAGCCUUUUAAUAGUAAUUCAUGUGGCUGGUUCAGUAAAGUAAAAAACUGUCCUGUGCUGUUUUCAACAUGUCGUCCACUUGCUCAUAAUCAUGGUUGCUGCCCUCAUCUGCUUGCACCUCAUAUUUCGGCACUGUUGAAAGACAAGUUAAUUUUAGGCUUACCGUAUAAUCUAGGUUUUGUGUGAAGUGGUCACCCAGUGCAAAAACAAAGAACAAAACUGCAGAUAACAGUAAAAUGUUUUAUAAAAAGCUACACCAAAUGCAGAA